AUGUCUCGCUUUGAUCCCUUUACCUUUGUUGACCUCUGCUACAGCAUAGUGGACAACCAUGCUCUCGAGGCCACGCUCUUUAUUCCAAGUAGUCUGUUGUCCCGCCCCCGCCCCGAUAAGGACAACAGCAACAGCACCAGCAAACGCAGAUGCCCCGUACUUGUCCAUUUCCACGGAGGGAGCUUCCUCAUGGGCCACCGCCGCUACGAACCCUGGGUGGCACAAAGGUUCCUGGACCUCGCCCACGCCCACGAGGCGAUCAUGAUUCGACCCGACUAUCGACUUCUCCCUGAAUCGGGUGUGACUGAUAUUCUCGAGGACAUCGAUCACUUCUGGAGAUGGAUGCAGCGAGAUCUGCCCUCAAUCAUGGCAGAUCAACAUCCGGAGUUGCGGAUCCUUCCCGACCUGUCGCGAGUGUUGUGCUGCGGGGAGAGUUCCGGUGGGUGUUUGGCCGUGUAUUCCGCUCUCGAGCUGGGCUCUAUCCUGUCGAGGGAAGAAAUCGAGGAAGGUACGGAGAUCACCAUACGGGCGGUUAUCUCCACCUAUGCGCUGCUCGACCCCGAUGUUCCGGAACUUCGCAUUCCACAGCCCAGAACGUUCAUGGAAAUGAGGCCUCCCCCGCCCAGACAGGCAGAGGCAGUGAUCAGGAAAUACAUGGAUGGUUGCUCCCCGAAUUUAGGCGCGAUCCGAUCGCGCCAGGAACCGUCCCCAAAACUGUGGGAGUUGUUCCUGUGCGAAGUGCAGCAAUGUUACUUUACUCGACUACUCAAGCACACAGACGGGGGUACUCAUGCGGUCAACAUGGUGGAGAGGAUGGUGGCGGAAGCAGAAGCAGAGCAGUCAGUUGUUCCGAUGUGGAUUAUUCACGGCAGAGAUGAUACGGUUGGUACGUUGUUUGCGUGGUUUGCGUUCCGCGUUGGGUCCGUCUUCGUUGUACUGGCUGCUAAUUGA